GUAAUGGAAUACUACAGGGAUCAUCCAUACAUUUGACCCCAGUAUUAAAGGACAAAACAUUUCUCUGAAUCCUCAUUUGCUUUUUCACCCAAUGAGAGGGAGUUUACAGCAGGUGGAGAAGGAGUAUUUCUGGGACAAGAGGGAAGUUGAACAAAAACUCCUUUUAGAGCCCAAGAUCAAAUGGUUCAGAUCAAGGAGUUCCGAAUUGUCAUGCCUAUGACUGUGGAAGAGUAUGGGAUGGGUCUAACGUACACCGUAAUGAAGAUGGAGCAGCAGAAUACAAACAGCAAAGAAGGGGUGGAGAUACUGCAAAAUUCACCUUUUGAGGAUCAGAUGCUUGGAAAGGGCCAGUACACUUCCAAAGUUUAUCAUCUGCAGAGCAAAAUCCCACCUUGGCUGAAAACUUUUGCUCCGCUGAGUGCUCUCACAGUGGAAGAGGAAUCGUGGAGCGCAUAUCCCAAAAGCAAAACAGUGAUCAAGUGCCCAUUUUUUACCAAGUGUUCUCUGACUAUCGAAACUGUUAAUAAGGCGGACAAUGGUUGUUCUGAAAAUGUCCAUGGUUUGAAUAAAGAGCAACUAGCUGCUAGGGAGGUGGAAAUUAUCGACAUAGCAUCGGUUUCGAAGGAUUACUGGAGUAAAGUAAUCGGCGCUAAUAAUGUGGAUUUGACAACUUUCAAAUCUGAAAGAACCGGUCGCGGUCCACUUCUGAAAGGAUGGAUGGAUUCGUGUCAACCGGUCAUGACAACGUACAAAUUGGUGAUGAUGGAUGCUCCGAUCUGGGGUAUUCGUGACCGCUUGGAGGAAUGCCUUAUUACGGGCGAGAGGGCAUUAUUUUUAGCAUGCCACAAGCUCUGCUUUGCAUGGAUUGAUGAGUGGUAUGGAAUGACCAAGGAACAACUAUGCGAGUUGGAAAGACAAAAAGACUCGUUACUAAAGAAGAGAUUCCAAAAGUCGUCGAAGGUCGGGAGCAAGCGUGACAAAAGGAAAACCGCACAAGAUAACACGGCCAUGGUCGAAAGUUGUAAAUAAUUGAUUACGAAAUGCGUGUUUUAAAUGGCCCUACUUCCUCUCCAUUCCUUAGAAAGGGGGCGAAGGAGUGUUUCAAAAGGAUGCAAUGAAGAUUCAGGAGGGCCAAGGUCACAGAAAACAGACUUAAAAAGCAUAUAUUUCAUUCAAGGUCUGUUUAUAAUGCCACCAACUUAUUUCUAUCAAAAAGAAUAGAUUGUUUAUAACAUUAUCCCUAAUCGAAAGUUACAUUUCAUGCUGUUAUUUCUGGUUUGUAUAGUUACCAAAGCCAUGUUCUACUUUAAUAUAACUCUUCUAAUUAUACUUCUUCGGUAUGUAUAUAA